AUGGUAUGUUUCUUAAGCUAUCACAAUGAAGCAACACUACAAGUAGGAUUCUAUCGUGACAAGUGUCCGUUCGCCGAAGCUAUAAUCAAAGACGAGGUUACAAAAUCCUUCCUUAAAGAUCAAGGGAUUGCUCCUGGCAUCACUAGGCUGCAAUUCCAUGAUUGUUUCGUCAGGGGUUGUGAUGGAUCAAUCCUUAUAGAUUCAACCCCAACAAAUCAAGCUGAGAAGGAUGGUCCUCCCAACGGAAUCACAGUACGAGGUUUUAACGUGCUCGACAAUGCUAAGGCUAGAAUUGAAGCAGUGUGUAACGGAGUUGUGUCGUGUGCUGAUAUUCUUGCAUAUGCUACAAGGGACUCUGUUGUACUUACAAAAGGACUGUACUGGGAUGUACCAGCAGGAAGAAGAGAUGGAAGGAUUUCAAGAGCAUCAGAAACUUCAGAUAUCCCUACUGCUUUUUUCAACCUUGAUCAAAUCACUCAAUCUUUUGCAAAGAAAGGUUUAACACAGUCUGACAUGGUUGCUCUGUCUGGAGCACAUACAAUUGGUCGGUCACACUGUUUUUCAUUCACUGACAGACUUUACAGAUUUGACACAAAGAUGAUGCAGGACCCUAAUUUGAACCCAUAUUAUGCACAGUUUCUGAAGCUAAAAUGUCCUAGAGAUGUGCACGGAGUACUGAACCAAACAUUGGUUGUUUUCAUGAACCAAAGUCCUCUUCUUAUGGACCAGAGCUACUAUGGAAAUCUUCUCAAACAUGCUGGUUUAUUUAUGUCAGAUCAGGUGCUCCUAGACAGCCAGAAGACUGCACAACAGGCGGCAAUUUACGCAGCAAAUGGUUUGAUUUGGCAGGCGGAUUUUGUUAAAGCUAUGAUUAAGAUGAGCCAGAUUCAAGUUCUGACUGGAGAACAAGGCGAGAUUCGAGCUAAUUGUAGGGUGAUCAACCCAUAA